GUGACCCUCCACAGUGUAACACAUGGGCAGGACAGUGUGCUCUCUAUAUAUUAGUCAUGGUUUUUGAGAAGAUUGUUAUAACACUCUUGGUGCAGUUCAGUUUUUGGGACAAGGUGAGAGAUGUGAUUUUGUCACCAAUCAAAGACCCACACCUAGAACUGAUUAUAGUGAUGUUUGUAGUGCCUUUAAUUGUCAAUGCUAUAAUGUUCUGGGUUAUAGACAAUUUCCUGAUGAUGAAGAAACUGAAACUGAAAGCGUUCUCCACUCCAGUGGAUUCCCCGGGAGCCUCUGUUCGCUAUUUCAGUGCAUCAAAUCGUGUCAAAUACUACGACAAACCAGAGAGGGCAGACAACUCAGAUUCUGAUGAGCCCUUGGACUUGCAGGAUGACUCCUCUGAUACGGAAAUUAGAAUGAACGGGAGUCCUCUGCGUGAUAGGCAUUAUUCAGAGAGUUUGGAAACCAAUAGGCUGAUCUGAUAAAGUUAUUUUUAAAAUCUUAUUAAAUGAACAUCAUUGAGAGCAUAUCGUUUUCACUGUGAUGGGUGUAAGGAUACUUGUGAAUCGGACAAAAUUAUUUCUGGGACAUAAAUGAUUCAGUUUGCUCUAUAAUACCAAUGCUUAGGUGCCAAUGGGAAUUUUUUAAUUUUUGGAACCAAUAUUGGUAAUGGGUUGAAGUACCUAAAUAGCAAACUUACUGUUGUUUAUGAUGUAAUUAUCAUCGUGGUAUGUUGAUGGUAUAGGAUUGAGUAAUGGCAUACAUUGCUACUUUAAUGAAAGGCGAACAUAUCCUGGAUUGCUUAAUAUUAGCAGGGUUAAAAAAAACGAAUUAAUAUAAAUGUGUAAAUCCCAGAGGAACUACCAGGAUGAGUUGUACAGACUGGUUCCCCAUCUUUAGUUUCUGUAGUAGAACCCUCAGUCAAUGGAUGUGGGGAUAUUCAAGACAGGCAAUGAGAAACACUUAUUGGCUGGUAAGACCAGACAAAUACAAGUAGCUAUAGACAAAAGAAUCUUCACAAGUCUUUGAGACACUUCAUUUAUCUGUGGGAUUAAGGGCUCUUUCCCAAUGAAAUUUUCAUUUUACAUAGAUCAAUCCAACUAUGCUGGGACUUGCUGAAUGUCAUCAGAUUAAGAAAUGGACGCACUUCCCCCUGGCAUUGAGUAGUAAAGAUGUUGAUUAUAUGAGUACAUUGGACAGGAGGAGGCAUGUUAAUCUGAUUGCAUUCAGCCAGGGUCCCUGGGGACUUGGAUCAAUCUACAUAGACCAAGUUUCAUUGGGAAUGUGCCCUAAGACCUUGAAAUUUGACGUACCUGGCAUUGGCUUCUAUACAGUAAUAGACUUUGAAUGGCCUCUGUAUUGGUUUGCAGUCCUCAGAGGUGAUGUUGACUAAGGUGCAGCUAAAGUCUGUAGUUGUUUUAUUGUAUAAUCAAUACUUUAAUGUUACAUUGUGUCCUUCAAGAAAUUCCAACAUCACUCAUCCAAGUGUGUAGUCCCAUUGAUUGUAUAGAGACCACUGAAUUGUUUCCUUUAAUCUACUAGUCAAAAAGAAAUCCAUGAUCAUGUCAUCAGUGUAUGUCAUCAUGGGUUUAAGAUCAAAAGAUGUCUUAAUUACAUAAUAAUAUUCCAGAUUUCUUUCACAUGCUUGAUUUUCAAUGAAAAGCAUGAAGACAAUCAGCUCAUUCCCUUUCUCACCAAGCGCAAAGCAGCCCAAUUACAGUCAUAGGCAGGCCUAAUUAACAGUACAUGUUACUUAAAAUUUCCUUCUUAAGUGCCUAAUUUUAAAUUAGUUUUUAUAGAGAUACCAGUGCUAGUAUAAUAGCACACAGUGGUAUGAGGAAGAUUUAGGAGAUAGAUACAUUUAAGGCAUUGAGGGCGUAUUCAGCCUUUUCUCAGAUUGCAUUUGUAAGAAGUGAUGAGCACAAAUAUUAGACAUAGUUAAUACACAUAAUGUGUGCAAUAUGGUUAAACUUUUAUAUGGUUUAGGAUGGGGAGCGGGAUUUGCUUGCAGGCUCUCAUAAAUCUCUAGUUUUAAUUGUUAGCUUUUGAAAGUUAAAUGUACUGUAGAAAUGACUAUAAUAAAUUUAGAUAUUUUUAUUUAUUAUACAUUAAUUUGGGUUAAAGUUUACUAAGUGCGAAAUAAAACAAGUUUUCAUAGAA